GAUAAGGGGCUACAAAAUAAGAGAACAAGUACGGGCCAAGCGCCAAUUGGCCCCGUUAUCACCGCGGCUGACUGGUGGUACUGGUACCCAAACAGCUGUGAUUUAGUCAUAGCCGAAGCGUUGCCGUGUUCACCCAGCCAUCGUCCAACGGCGUUCGAUUUGCCUCGUCGCGUAACAAUAAUAAAUAUCAAUAAAUAAAUGCCAAUAAAUAGUGGUGCAAAGUGCUGAAGACAUGUUCAGAUAUGUGAUGGUUGUGUGGCUCUUGUGGGCCAUUUCGCGGAGACUCUCAGUCUCUGGACAGAUCAUACCGCUGCCGACGUUCUGCCAGCAGGUGGACCAGAGCUGCAGCUGCGCGGCCGAGGCUAAUGUGGUGCGGUUCCACUGCCCCAACGAGUACGCCCUGCUGCUGGAGAUGUCCGAGCUGGGGGCCUCACUUUACGUCAGCUACUACGCCGUAGACGGGCUGCACUGGCUGCCGCGCUUCAACAUCACCGAGCUGGUCAAGAUCGAGUUCGACGCGUACAACUUCUGGCCGGAGACCUUUCUCGACGACCUGCUCGCGGGCCUGGGAGUGGAGACAGUGAAUACCAUGCGCUUCCGUGACCGCACCUCCGAGACGGUGGUGACGAAAGAUAUUUUCAACGGGCCCUUGUUCGAUCAGCACGAGAGCACUGUCGCUCCGGGGAACACCUCAACAUGGCUGUUCGGAGCAGUUCCCGGGCUGAAGAAGCUGAAGUUUGUCAGUGAUGUCAAGGAGCUCCAGGAGUCGAUAUUCCAGGCCUUCGACAGCCUCACCGAUCUGGACCUCUGUGUGAAUGUGUUAUUCUUGCCGGGAAAAUUGCUCUCCUCGGUCACGGGUAGCCUGGAGACGCUGACCAUCGAGAGUCCCGGCAUGGUGCAGUUCCACACGCCUCUGCUGCGAGAGCUCCAGCAGCUGCGCAAUCUCAGCCUGGAGCUGACGAACCCCCAACGUGGGCGCAACGACGAGCUGCAGCCCCAUCUCUUCAGCUCCAUGAAGCAGCUGGAGGAGGUGCGUUUGUUCCAGGCCACUGGCCACGUAAACAGGAAAAUGUUCAGGGGCAGCGAAAAGUUGCGACUAAUCCGAAUCAAAGGCAACGAUGACCUCGAAUCGCUGCCCGGCCAACUGUUCGCAGAUCAGGCGAAUUUAAACACUCUGGAUCUAUCCUGCAACGGGCUGAGCAGACUGUCGGAGCAAGUCUUCUAUGGUCUGGGAAACCUAACCAGUCUGGAUCUAUCCAAAAAUAGACUCACCAAUUUAUCAAGCACAAUAUUUAUACCACUCACUUCGCUGAAUGUAUUAGUGUUGAACAAGAACUCCCUGACUGCUCUGGCGCCGAACGUAUUUCAAGAGGUGCGAAGCUUGAACUUUAUUGACAUGACGAACACCCAGUUCUACGGGGCCACUCUGCUGAUGAGCUAUGAGGCAAUAGUCUGCACCAACGACGAGACGUGCCAGUACAAGUCGGAGGAGUGGCAGUGCGACCAGCGCUGCAUUUGCUGGGUGCAGCGAGACUCGUUCAAGCUGAUCGUGGACUGCAGGGGAACCAGUAUGGAGGAGCUGCCAGUGCUGCCCCACACAACGCUCGUCAGCACGGUGGUGAAGGUGGGAAACAACAGCCUCACCCAUCUGCCCACUUCCAGCCAGCACGCUGGCUAUGCCAAUGUGAGUGGCCUCCUGUUGGCAGACAAUCAGAUUACCAGUCUGGGGUCGGGGGCACAGCUUCCCGUCAACCUGAGCUACUUGGAUGUGCGCCGAAACCAAAUAAGUGUCGUCACCGAGGAGUUCAUCACAUUUUUGCAGCAGGAGAAUAACUCAAUGACCAUUUCGCUGUCGGGCAAUCCCUUAAUCUGCGACUGCGACGCCCUGCCACUGCUCUUCUUUGUCAGAACUAGUCCCCAGCGGGUGGACGACAUUGGCGAGCUGCAGUGCAGUCGCCAGAACAAGGCUCUCCAGCAAAUGGAGGCCUUCGAUCUGUGCCCGUCGUAUGUUCUGCUCAUCAGCUGCAUUGUGGGCGGCCUCGUGAUUGUGGUCUGCCUGAUCAGCGUGUUCUACCUUAUGUUCCAGAUGGAGCUCAAGAUUUGGCUGUACAACAACAACCUGUGCCUGUGGUGGGUCUCGGAAGAGGAGCUGGACAAGGACAAGACCUACGAUGCAUUCAUUUCGUACUCGCACAAGGACGAAGAGCUGAUUAGCAAACUCCUGCCCAAGCUUGAGUGUGGCCCGCAUCCCUUCCGCAUAUGUCUGCACGAUCGCGACUGGCUGGUGGGUGACUGCAUUCCGGAGCAGAUCGUGCGCACCGUCGACGACUCCAAGAGGGUGAUCAUCAUCCUGUCGCAGCACUUCAUCGACUCUGUGUGGGCCCGCAUGGAGUUCCGCAUUGCCUAUCAGGCCACGCUGCAGGACAAGCGCAAGCGCAUCAUCAUUAUCCUCUACAGGGAGCUGGACAACAUGAAUGGCAUUGACAGCGAGCUGCGGGCGUACCUCAAGCUCAACACCUACCUCAAGUGGGGCGAUCCACUCUUCUGGAGCAAACUCUGCUAUGCCAUGCCCCACAAUCGACGUGUGCUCAAGGGCCAAAAGAAGCAUGCUGGCCCCCUCGUCUGAGUAAUGGAUAUACAUAUAUGUGGGCACCGAUCCAGAAAUCCUUCAGUUCUACGUACGGACUGUAAGAUAAGGACAAACCCUGGAAAAUACCCUGAACCUGUAUCCGAAAAUGCUUAGAUUCUGUACGUUUGGAUCCAUUGCCUGCAGGUCGAAUUCGAUUCGGAGUCAAUGUAUUAUUUCUACUUGAUAUUCAUGAAGUUUUCAGAGGAAAUUUCAUCGGGUGAUAAACAAUAAAGCAAUAUUAAUAAUACAAAAAAACAACAACAAAUAUUUUAAGCUAAUAUUAAAUCGCUGCCAUACAAUUUCUAAGAAUUUAUUUUACAAUUUUUUGCUCAGGGAAUAAAAAGUGCAGCCGUGAAGAUGACAGCCUUACGACGUAAACCAAAUUAAUUUUGAAUUAUUCUCUGAAUUAAUAAUUCGUCUAAGUAUAGGGGACGACGCCUGUGCUUGAGAAUAAAAACCUCUGCUGGAUUAA